CUAUAUUCGUUGUCUACCUCGCACGGAAGAGGAGACAAGGAGAGAUCCAGAAGAAGGAACAAGAAGAAGAAAAGAUGGCUUUGCAAUGGUUGAUUCUUUCGUACGUGGUGGCCGCCGAAGUUGUAAUCGCGGUGGUGUUGACUUUACCUUACCCUAUGGUAGUGAAGAAGCGCGUCGUGUCACUUGUCUCUCUCAUUCUCCAACCUGCUGCUUCCAUCGUCGCCUUCGCCGCCUUUCAGCUCUGCGAUAUAUACUGGAAGAAUGAACAUAGACUCUCUUGCUCAUCGGAGGUAUGCACUGCUACAGAGCGUGAUCGUUACGAGAAAUCUAUCUACAAGGCACAGAGGAAUGUUGUUCUGUGCGCUGCAGGAAUUUUUCUCUACUGGUGCAUUUACCGUAUCUGCAAGUACAACAAGGACCUGGAGCUUUUGGAAGAAGCUGAGAAGAGACACAAGGACGAGUAAUCUACUCGUGUAUAGAGACUUGGUUCCUCAAAACCAUAUAUAUGUAAAAGUCUUUAAUUGUUUUCUUACACCUAAUACCACUAAACCUGAAGAAAACAAACAGUGAAUAUCAAUAUUAUAUCAAUAUAUCAUCAGUGUUCAAUGCUUA